UUCAAUUCGAGAACCUAGCUAUAGUCGCUAAGCCAAUCAUUCGAUCAGCAAACGCUGAAAGAAAUACAAGUGUUGAAUAAAAGUGGGACGAAACACUCGAAAUGGGAGGCUCGGCAAGCACAGUCACCAAAAAAAUCAACGACAACAUCCAAAAAAAUAAAAAUGAACAAUCGGCGAGACAGAACGCCAAUCCACAGCCAGUCAAGGGAAAAAUGUCGGAAAACAUGGAACGCGACCGUCUGGGCAUAUGGGGUGCCGGUGACAACGUCAUCCCCAGCAAAAGCAGCGGAUUAGACAGACUCAGAGACCCCAACUUAAACAAGGGCAUGGCAUACACCCUUGAGGAACGCCAAGCUUUGGGCAUCCACGGCCUACUCCCCCCAGCCGUUAAAACCCAAGAGGAACAAGUGAAACACUGCAAAAUGUGUUUGGACAGGCUCACCGACGACUUGGACAAAUACAUUUACCUCAUGGCACUCUUGGACCGAAACGAGAAAUUGUUCUUCAGAUUCGUUGCUGAGAAUGUAACCGAUAUUAUGCCCUUGGUGUACACACCCACAGUCGGUUUGGCUUGCCAAAAAUUCGGUUUGGUCUACAGAAGACCCAGAGGAAUGUUCAUCACCAUUCACGAUAAGGGACAUGUGUAUGAGAUGCUCAGAAACUGGCCUGAAACCGAUGUUCGCGCAAUCGUAGUAACCGACGGUGAACGUAUCUUGGGUCUGGGCGACUUGGGGGCCUGCGGUAUGGGUAUCCCGGUUGGUAAACUUUCUCUGUACACCGCAUUGGCCGGUAUCAAACCACACCAGUGCUUGCCGAUUACAUUGGACGUUGGAACCAACAAUCAGACUUUGUUGGACGAUCCAUUGUACAUUGGUUUGAGACACAAGCGUAUUCAAGGAGAUAAAUACGACGACUUUAUCGAGGAGUUUAUGGCUGCCGUUGUGCAAAGGUUCGGGCAGAAUUGUUUGAUUCAGUUCGAAGAUUUCGGAAACUCCAACGCCUUCAGAUUGUUGGAUAAGUACAGGGAUAAUUACUGUACUUUCAACGACGACAUCCAAGGUACCGCCAGUGUUGCCGUAUCCGGAUUGCUAUCCUCUCUCCGUAUCACCAAAAAGAAGCUGUCCGAUAACGUGAUGGUGUUCCAAGGUGCCGGCGAAGCAAACCUGGGUAUUGCCGGUCUGUGCGUCAUGGCCAUGGUAGCCGAAGGCACGCCCGAAAAAGAGGCGCGAUCGAAAAUCUGGAUGGUGGACUCCAAAGGUCUGAUCGUGAAGAACAGACCCGAAGGCGGCAUUUCCGGGCACAAGGCUCACUACGCGCACGAGCACGCGCCAAUCAAAACCCUUGCCGAGGUGGUGAAAACCAUCAAACCCUCGAUGCUCAUCGGCGCCGCCGCCAUCGGUGGGGCCUUCACCAAGGAAAUUCUCGAGGAGAUGGCCAAAAACAACGAACGCCCCGUCAUUUUCGCGCUAAGCAACCCCACCAGCAAGGCCGAGUGCACCGCCGAGGAUGCCUACAAGCACACCAAAGGAAAGGCUAUCUUCGCCAGCGGCAGCCCCUUCAAACCUGUCACCUUGGACGGCAAUACUUUCCACCCGGGUCAAGGAAACAACUCGUACAUUUUCCCCGGUAUUAGUUUGGCUGUUAUCUGCGCCGGUAUCAAAACUAUCGGGGAGGAAGUUUUCCUUAUCGCAGCUGAAGCUUUGGCCAACUUGGUUUCUCAAGAUGAUUUGAACAAAGGCGCCAUCUACCCACCUCUGACCAAGAUCACAGAAUGCUCUGUUAAAAUUGCAGAGAGAAUCUUGGAAUUUGCUUACAAACAAGGUAACGCAACCGUAUACCCAGAGCCCAGAGACAAAGAAGCCUUCAUCAGAGCCCAAAUGUACAAUACCGACUACGCUCCAGCCAUCCCAAGUAUCUACCAAUACCCAAAAAUGUAAAUUUUUAACUUAGCUCUAAACUGAAGGCGCUUAAAACCAAUUAUAGUAUUUUUUACAAAGUUGUGCGAUAAUUUUUGAAGAAUUAUUUACGGCUUUGCAAAAAAUAUAUAAAUACAUGUUACAUGCUUUCAAUAAUUCCCACAUGUGAUUAUUUUUAUUUAAGGUACACGUAUGUAUGUAAAUAUUGUUACCGCAGAUUUUUAGGCAAUUUUUUUUAUUUAUUAAAUUGAUAUAUGUAUGUUAUUUUCAUAUGCAUUUAGAUGCGUUAUGGUGGCAGACGAAGAUUUUAAUUGUAUAAUACUAAAUAAAUUAUUUAUUUUUAACCGA